AUGGAAGAUGUGGAGCUGAGGUCGAGACAACGUGUACAGAAUCCGACAACAUCGACAGAACCCUUUGUAGAUGAGAACAAGGGCUAUGUCGAUCACAAAAUUCAUGCCAGUGAUACACUACAGAAGAUUGGGUUGUUCUACUCUGUUCCGGUAUGAUUUUACUAUUGUUUCUGCGAUUUUUAGGAACCCUCUGAUGUCAGCUUGGAUUUGCCAAGUCUUUUGUUCAUGAAGUUUUUAAAAUUCUUGUCGAAAAUUGGGUCGAUACAUUAUCUAUGCCUAAAACAAGAUAAACCUCAAAGAAGUUCGUUUGAAUAUGAAAAUCAAGUGUUUCAGGUUGCUGAAAUCAAAAGAUCCAACAAUAUCAUUGCUGACCAAGACAUCUAUGCCCUCAGAUACGUGAAAGUUCCCAUCCCAGGGCUGCGUCUUCAUUAUUUGAACGAACUCCACAAAGAGCAGACCGGAUAUUCGUUGAUAAACAAUGAUGGAAUUGCCGAACCAAGAGUCUCGACGCUACGGGCGCCUAGUGAAGGUGAGAAUAAUCAAAAAUUUGUGUAAGAGAUGAAAUAAAUUUUUAUAUUGUUUUAGAGCCACUUCGGACGAUAAAUUCAAAUGAUAAGACCCCUCUGAUCCAGGAUUCCGAUGAAGAUGAUAGGUGGUCAGGAAGUCAACCAGACUCAGCAAAAGAGCGGAUCGACAAACUACUCGGCAAAACCGAUAAAACGGUAGCGGCGGUGAGGUCGCAACUUCCCCCAUCCCCAGCGCUCGAAGAUGGCUCUCGAUUCCAUUUUGUGAACGCUUCAGCUCCCGAUAACGCAUUGAAAGGUAGGAAAAUACCAUGACUGAAGCUUCAGUGAACUUUUUCUACCCAUUUUAUGCUUUUUAGUUAGAUUUUUCCCCAAUUUUUCGCAAUUUUAGUACUUUCAGGGACCAUUUUUCUGAUUGUUGGUGUCCUCUUGAUGUUUGUGGUGAUCCCACUGAUACUAACGCUGAUGGAGGAGCGAAACGAAGCCGAACUCGAGCUCAGACAUCAACAUCAGCGAGAACAUGUGCAUCACGCGCAUGUUUCAUCGACUUGA